AUGAACGUUUGAAGAGGAAAGGCUUAAUUUCAAUGGGAUUGGAUUAUCAAGGGAUUGAUUUAACUGAUGUUUCAUCCAGCCUUUAUCUCCUGUUUAUUCUGAAUCUUUUGCAAAAAGAAGAGUAAAGAGAAGAAAAAAAAUGUUCUCCAAAUCAAAUUAUGAUUGAUACAAAUUGAUGUCAACAAUUAUCCUGAUGAGUGAGUUUCAUCAUGGAAAUGUUUUCAUCUAAGGAGGAGGAAAUCAAGUGAAAGUGGGAGGUAAAUCAGUUGACAUUUAGAGAUUAGAUGAAAAUUAAAAGAAAAGGUGUGAAAGAUGGACAAUUGAAAUAAACUGUUGGACCAAAAAAAGCUGGCCAAGCAAAUGAGGGAAGAGAAAGUUUGUUAUCUUCAUUGACAAUAUUUAACUUAAAGUCAAUCCAUGGAUUAGUUUCAUUUGGCUUUUGAAUGUGCAAAUUGAUUCAUGAUAAUUGAAUUGUAACAAUUUGAGUGAUUUCUGCAAGAUUCAACCUUUUCACGCCAAUCUCAACGUUAAUCAGUAUUCACUUUAUUCAUGUUUAAUCUCUUUCUGUGUGUUUCAAGUGUUGUUUUGUGAUUUCAUUUCAAUCAUAGCCAAUGGUGAAUACAAUUAUUUCAGAUGAUUGGAUUCACUGGAUCACCGGAUAACCAUGUAAUUUUGUUUGUGAAUUUAAUCAAAGGAUGCCUUGCUGGAUUAACUCAUUAAUUCUGUUUUGUGGAUUAAUCAGGAUAACCAGUGCAGAUUAUUGUGAUUGUGGAUUAAGUGGCCUUCAAAAACGAGUUUACGGCGGGAACGAGACAUACGCCAAUCAAUACCCAUGGGUAGCUCAUUUAAGAUUUUUCAAUUACAUUGGCGGAGGUCAGUAUGGACUUUGUGGAGGCUCUCUCAUUGACCAUUGGCAUGUUGUAACGGCAGCCCAUUGUUUGCACGAUGAAAAGGGCAACGUCCGUGAUCCUAGGGCUGUUCAGGUCUUUCUAGGAGUUCAUAAUCUUUACCUGCUGCCAAGAGCCCGUCAAGUGGCCUAUUUUAUUAUUCCCGACAAUUAUGAUUCUUCUAAACCAGUUAAUAAUGAUUUUGCCAUACUUCAAUUGGCUGAACCAGUUGAAUUUUCAGCCAGAAUAUCACCCAUCUGCAUACCAAAAGAUGAUGUCGAACCAUAUCAAAGGUUAACCGUUGCUGGUUGGGGACAUUUAGGGCCUAAUCAAGGGACAGCGGCUGCUCUUCAACAUGUCGAUGUUUAUUAUGUUGGCAAAGGGGAUUGCUAUGAAAUGGUCAAAGACUAUCUUUAUCGAACCCAUCCAAUUGUACGGUUGUUUCCUCACAAAUUUAUAAUUCCUCCAAUCCAUGAGAACCAUAUGUGUGCCGUUGACGGAUCAACAGGUGGUGAUGCCUGUCAAGGAGACUCUGGUGGACCUUUAAUGUAUCUAAAUCCAAGCAAUAAUCGCUAUUAUUUGAUUGGAGUUGUCUCUGGUUCUUAUGAUCUUUGUGGAGAUGAAAUGACUCCUGGCUUUUAUACAAUGACCAAAAUGUUUAGGCAUAUCAUUGAAUCUGUUGCUCCUGAAUCCCAUGUUUGCUACUAUUGAUGAUACAUGAUGAUAUAUCCAAUGGACCGUCCAACAAACAAUCAAUGAACACAAACUAAUGCUGUAACGAGCAUUUGAAUAACAUACAAACAUGUUGUAUAAGUACAACAAAUCCAAAGAACCACUUACACCAAGAUGAAAAUAUUUGACCCAAAAAAUGUUUUUAACCAGUUUUAUGGUUAUAAAUACGGUUUGAAGAGGAAAGGUGUGAAAAAUUUAACGAGCAAACCUAAUUGUGAUUACUAGAUACUUAUUAAUAAUUAAUUGUAAAGAAAGUUUUGUCCACAUUUUUUGUUUCAUUUUAAUGCGAAAUAUUUAUAAAGUCAAUUAGAAAGAAAAAAAGUUCUCAAGUUUCUCAUACAAAUAACAGGUAGAAAACACUGUUAACCUGUCCAGCUAUUAAUUAACCAAAUUGAGGGACAAAAAACAGUCAUCAAGCAAUAAUUGAGAAACAAUCGUUUUUCGUUUUUUUAUUGUCCAUCAUUUGAUUCGUUUUUUCAUCAUUUUUCUUAUUCUUCCCAUCAUCUUAACCCACAGCUUUCUUCCUCCCUCCUCCCUCCUUAACUUCCGUUCCCAUACCAUUUAAAGGGAAAGAUGAAAAGCCACUUGUAAAGGUAACACAAGGACAAAGGAUUGAUUGACCAGCCCGUGUAACCUCACCACGUACCAAGUCAUGCAAAGUCCUUUAACGGUUAUGUUAACCAUUGUUGCAUGAAAAGUGAAGAUAGCCAAAUGAUUAGAGAGAUUCAUCAUUAAUACAUUGACUUAAACAAUAUAAAGUUCAAUCCAAGGCUCUCAAUGA